AAUCUAAUAGUAAAUUUACUAGUUGUUCUAAUUUUAUCAAUCCGAAUAAAUAUAAUGGUUCUUUGUAUCCUCCGUUUACUUCGCCUUACGUUGGAACAUUUAUACCAAAUUAUAUCUUCACUUCUGAAUAUGAUCUACACAUAAAUUUUAAUUAUCCACUAACCGCAUUUGAAAAAACGCUUGUUUAUAAAAAUGUGUAUUUAUUAUCGCAACCUAAAAAUGAUAGAAUUGCAUAUUAUUGGAAAUUUAAUAGAGUUAUAAGGCAACCCAUAAGUUCAUCAUUUUUAGGUUGUCUUGGUUAUUCAUUGCAUGCUGAGUACAAGGAUCAACCUUAUAUUGAAUCAGAAUUACAGGUUGUUCCAUUUCCUGAUACAAUGUUUAAUACAACUUCUAACCGUAGGAAUAUUUAUAUUAAAAAACAUUCUGGAUCAAAUAUAUUGACUCGUAAUACAGAAGCUAUAAACGGAUCCUAUUUUACAUCGAUAACUUUUAUUCCACCUAAAGGACUUGUUAUAAGAAAAGAAAUAGAACAAAGGAGCAAAUCUUUAUUAGGUUUACUGGGUAUUAUUGGUGGUAUUUGGAGCUCCAUGGUGGCUUUUUAUAUAUCUUUAUUUGGAAUUGGUAUAAUUUCACCAUGGGGUUUUGUACAAAAAUCAAGACUAUUCAAAGAUAAAUAUCGAGCAAACCUUUUAUCGUUGGCAGUGGAUUUACAAUCUGAAGAACCUGAUAUUAAAAAAACAUCUAACACCAAAGAAUAUGAGAUUUCCUCAAUUCGAAAUGAGCUUGAUAAUUUAAUAAAGAAAGUCCAAUUCUAUGAAAACAUUGUUGAUACUUCAAUAUUAAACUCCAAUAAAACGAAUACAUCUUCCGUUACUAACAGUAAUGUUUCUCCCUAA